CUCAUGUAAAUGUUGGCUUCCAAAAACCCUUAGAAAGAAGAUGAGAGGCUGGUAGCGAAAGAAGUGUUUUUUUCCCCCACAGAAAUGGAGGCAAAUCUGUGUGCAUCUCUAGGCCUCCCAUCUCCAAACUCUCAAAAUCACCACGAUCCAGCAAUCCAAACUGACCUCACUAACCUCUUCACUCAAUUCUCCUCUCUUAUAUUGAUUAAAAACCCAGAAAAACCGACCAAAACCCGCUAUAAAACCACCCUCCCAUUUGCCUCAAACUCCUUAGAUUCCCAGAUUUUUGCACCAAAAAGCCCAAAAUGGCUCCAAUCCACCUCAACAAACAGCCCCAAAGUCCAAUCUUUAAUGAAAAACCUCUCUGUUUUUGAGAGAGCACUUAUAGGAGCAGGUGGCGGCGGCAUAGCUGGUGCAUUUACUUAUGUGUGUCUGCACCCGCUUGAUACAAUUAAAACGAAGUUGCAAACAAAGGGUGCAUCUCAGAUUUAUAAAAAUACACUUGAUGCUGUGAUUAAGACCUUCCAAGAUAAAGGGAUUUUGGGGUUUUAUAGUGGUGUAUCUGCUGUGAUUGUGGGUUCUACUGCAUCUUCAGCCGUGUAUUUUGGUACUUGUGAGUUUGGUAAAUCAAUUUUGUCAAAAUUUGAGAAGUACCCAUCCGUGCUUAUCCCUCCAACUGCGGGUGCAAUGGGCAAUAUUGUGUCAUCAGCAAUAAUGGUGCCUAAAGAAUUGAUUACGCAGCAAAUGCAAGCUGGUGCAAAGGGGAGAUCUUGGGAAGUUUUGCUGAGAAUUUUGGAGAACGAUGGCAUCUUGGGCCUUUAUGCAGGGUAUUCUGCUACUUUGUUAAGGAAUUUGCCUGCUGGUGUGCUGAGUUAUUCUUCAUUCGAGUAUUUAAAAGCUGCUGUUUUGACUAAGACUAGAAAGAACAGUUUGCUGCCAAUUGAAAGUGUGUGCUGUGGGGCACUGGCUGGGGCUAUUUCAGCGUCUUUAACCACACCACUUGAUGUAGUUAAGACCAGGUUGAUGACCCAAAUGAAAAAGGACGUUGUAGAUAAGGCUGCAGCUGUAAUGUAUAGUGGUGUUUCGGCGACAGUGAAGCAGAUUUUGACGGAGGAAGGGUGGGUAGGUUUUACUAGGGGAAUGGGUCCUAGAGUGGUUCAUAGUGCUUGCUUUUCGGCUUUGGGAUACUUUGCAUUUGAGACGGCAAGGCUUGCUAUCCUGCAUCGGUACUUGAGGCACAAGGAGUUGCGCGAGUUGGAUGGUGCUCCUGCAUGAUUGGUGGCUGUGAAUUGGGAUUGAUUGCCAUUGCUGCUGCAGCACUAGACAUUUAGAGUUGUUUUGAUAAAAAUGGAUCGCUGCAUCAACAAACUAAUUGGUUGGCAGUUCAACAACAAUGAAUGGAUUUAAUACUGUUAUGGAAUGGAAGUAUUAGGAUUCAGAUGGAAGCCUCGGGACCAUAGCAAGGCCACAUGUUUGCUAGCUCAUUGGCUUUCUUCUUGGAUAGAAGAUGGUAACUUGCAGUGUAAGUUGUGGCAAUGAGCUAUUCAAAGCAGAGCUUAAUGGCUUUGUGAAUGAUGAACUGAAGAUGGCUUGAUCGUCUUCUCUUGAAAUGAUAUUUACUAAAACAAGUUGGAGACAAAUAAUGCUUGGCC